AUGAAUGGCGCAGGCCCGAAUUCCGCGAACCCGCGGUUGGGUGCGUCCCGCAAUGACGCAUUGACAGGUGCCACGCUAGCCUUCCAGCAAUCCAGAGAUCCCUCGCCGAAUGUCAAAGCGAAGCCUUCAUCCGCAUUAUCAGCUGCGAUGGCCAGUAGCGGGGAUCGCCAUGCACCAUUGAGUCGUCAGCGAACUGGAUCUGACGUAGGCCCCGAAGUGGGUUCCGUCAGGGACAAGAUCGGGAGACUGACGAGGCCGGUCUCUCCAGGGACCUUAAGCGUGCGAGGACGGCCGUCCGCAUCAUCUCUUUCUUCCGCGUCAGAAAUCGCGGCUCGGCUUGCUGCGUCACGAUCCCCUGGACGGGAUCUGACGACUCCGUCCUCAGCCGCCAAGUUGGGCGCGAUCCGAAGUGCCAGCAGAGCGCCACCGCCAGAAAGGAGAGAUUUAUCCCCCACCCCUGUGCGCCCAGUCCACGGAAGAAGCAGUCCACUGGAUCGCAUGCUACGAGAUGAUGAUCUCGAAUCCGAUCGCGACUUUCCAAUCUACAGGCGCUCUCCGUCGAUACAGUCGAGAACUACGGAAUAUCAAAAUAGUCGAGGCUCAAGUCCUCACCCUUCCUUGAGCUCUCGGCACUCUUCGCAGCCUCCGGAUGAUUCAAAACCUAGGCUUCCUCCUCGAUUACCGCCAUCACGAGGGUCUGUCAGAAGCCAUGGAGUCGUCGCUACGCCCUUGCGACCCUCCACACCAAGCGCGAUGUCGAUCUCAGGCGUAUCGCAAGCGACCAGCGCCCCUAGCAUUAUGGACGAGCCCUCUGGCAUGAGCGAGGAGGCUCUUUCCAACGCUAUUGUUGCCUCAUCCCUGGCAUCAGCACGCGCAUCCCCCUCCAUCAAAGUGCCCCCGCCGCUUCCUCCCCAGCGACGCCGGGCACGGUCCAUUCUACACCUGGCACAUUCACCCAAGAGUGACCUAUCCCGAACCCCUAGUCCCCCCAAAGGCAUGCCUCAGACGCUGCGCGCCCAACCAAAACCCGACUCCGACCGCCAUAAACAUCGAAACCCUCUCAACAAACACCCACACAAACACCACGAAGGAGAUCGAAAGCGCUGGCGAAGGGAGGUGACGGAGAAAGAGCGCAAGCGCUACGAAGGUGUGUGGGCCUCCAAUAAAGGGCUACUCAUCCCUGCCGGUAACGAUGGAUGCGGGCCGACUAGUACGGGGGAUUGGCCACCGUAUGCCUCCGAAAUGGUGCUAAACCUAGUUGUUCGGGAGAUAUGGUCCCGCAGCCGCCUGCCACCCGUACUGCUGGAACAAGUGUGGAACCUAGUGGACCACCAACAUCUCGGGCUCCUCCUACGGGAGGAGUUUGUGGUUGGAAUGUGGUUGAUCGAUCAACAACUGAAAGGACACAAACUCCCCGUGAAAGUCCCCGAUAGUGUUUGGGAUAGUGUGCGACAUGUCGCGGGUAUUAAGCUCAAAGGGAGGGCUUACGCUUAA